CCAGGAGGCCUUCUUGGCGCCAUAUUUUGCUGUAUUUUCGUUAGACCAAAUGUGGCAAGCUUAACCAUUGCUGUUUCCAUCACCACCCUCGUCUUGUUAGCUAUUGAGCGAUACCUUGCACUUUUGAAACCCAUGAAAAACAGGCUCCGUUUGAACAAGGAUAACAUCACAUAUUGGGUCAGUGGAAUCCUGUUAUACGCUUUGGCUCUAACUGUUCCUCUAUUCGUUUCCACUGUUUUCGACAAACAGGAGAGAACGUGCAAAUAUAACUUUGGAAUUCACGGCAGGCGUAACUACUUUGCAGUUUUCGGCUUCGGAGUUGCGUUAGCUGUGGCAGUGAUAUGUUUCUGUUAUUGGCGAAUAAUCAAAGGAUUUUACUUCGGAAGUCGCAAAGUUUGCGUCAGCGCAGAGCUACAGCAAAAGCGAAAGGUUGUAAAACUGCUGUUUCUCAUAACGUUAGCCUUUAUCGUUUGUUUUAUUCCAAGAGUAAUUUAUUUCUUUUUUUAUUUUUCCAGUAAGGGCUUGUUUCAUCAGAUAUCUUUAUUUCUGUUGCAUUGCAACUCAGCAAUGAAUCCUAUGAUUCUUUAUCUUCAAAGUGAAAACUAUCGCACAGGAUUCAAGGAAAUCAUUCAGAAAGCUGUGGGCAAGUUCAAAAACAAAGCCGCAGGUGCUCCUGUUUGA